AGCCCUGCCAAUGAAAACGUGUCGCACUUUUAAAGACAAAACAAGAACUUUGAGGAGUUGUGACUUCCAGCAUCCCUUGUAAAAGAGGCCGGAAACACUGAUGAAAAUCUACCUUGUGAUUGGCUGGAGCGAUGGCAGUCACCAAAGAGGAGAAGCUCGAGAGAGACAGGAGGACGUCAGCGGUCACGACCCCGCCAGAAGGUGGCUGGGGCUGGAUGAUCGUCGCUGGUUGUUUCCUCGCCACCAUCUGCAUCCGAGCAGUGACCAGGUGUGUUUCCAUGUUCUUUGUGGAGUUUCAGCUGCACUUUGAGAAAGAUUACUCCACCACCGCCUGGAUCCACAGUCUCAUCGACUCCACCACCAUGCUCUGUGCUCCUCUGGGUGGUUUCCUCGGGAACCGCCUCUCCUGCAGAGCUACAGUGAUGCUGGGAGGUCUGCUGUCCUCUGCUGGUCUGGUCAUCAGCUCCUUCGCUUCUAGUCUGGAAUAUUUGUACGUCUCCAUGGGCAUCCUCACAGGUCUUGGCUUUGCUCUCAGCUACACACCAGCUAUAGCGAUGGUUGGGAGGUACUUCAGUGAGAGGAAAGCUCUGGCCUAUGGCAUCGCCAUGUCUGGGAGUGGCAUUGGGACCUUCAUCCUGGCUCCUGCGGUCCAGCUGCUCAUAGAGCAUUACUCCUGGAGAGGAGCUCUGCUCAUUCUGGGAGGAUUUGUUUCCAACCUGUGUGUCUGUGGCGCUCUGAUGAGGCCGCUGGAACCAAGAAGAAGUGAAAGGAUUUGGGAGAACCACGUGGCAAACCUGGAGACAGACUGCAUGACGACAGCACUGGACUCAAAAGACCCUGAACAACCACCUGCUGACCGCAGCCAAGAGGAGCCAAAGCAGCUGGAAGGCAACAACUUAACGGAUACUCAAAGGCUGCUUAUAGCCAAUGGAGCGCUCAAAAACUUUGAACUGGAAAACAACCAACUAGCUCAGGGGAACAAAGCCCUUCUACCAAGCUUAAACCCACCUGAUCCGAGUUUAGCAAAUCUGAAGAUAGCUGAGUGCAUUUUAUUUAGCAACAAGCUAACAAUGCUCAGGGAGAUCUCAGAUCCGAAACUAGCCGAUGGUGGCACAAUUGAAGACUUGAAAUUAGUUGAAAGCAUGAACUUGAAAAAUAAGGCAGCUAACGUGAAUGCAAAGGGAGAUGACUCAGGACUCACUGAAGCCAAACCGACAGAUACCUGUCAUUUAGAUAAACCCAUUACUGCAGAGCCUUUAGUGAGCACAGAAACUUCGUCCAGAGGUGACGGCUUUUGUCUCAAGUUUAGGGAGGAGUUUGGCUUUCUCAUGAUACCCGACUUCCUGAUUCUGUCCGUGUCCUUCCUGUUUCUGGCUUAUGGCUGCAGCGCUCCGAUAGUUUACCUGGUCCCUUACGCUCUCAGCGUGGGGCUAGAGCACAAGCAGGCCGCCUUCCUCAUGUCCUUAUUUGGAGUCAGCGGCAUUGUGGGUAACAUCACCUUUGGAUGGAUCACCGACAGAAAGUAUCUGAAGAGGUAUCGCUUGCUGAGCUACAUGAUGGCGAUCGGCAUGGAGGGCCUCUGCUGCAUGUUCAUCCACCUCCUUCACUCCUUCUCCCUGCUGGUGCCAUUCUCCAUACUCUACGGGUACUUUGACGGGGCGUAUGUGGCGCUCAUCCCCGUCGUAACCUCUGAUGUUGUGGGCUCCACCUACCUGACCUCCGCUCUGGGUGUGGUCUACUUCCUGCAUGCCAUACCCUACCUGAUUAGCCCACCAAUAGGAGGUUGGUUGGUUGACAUGACGGGAAACUACGAAGCAACCUUCUUCCUCAGCGGGGCUUCCUUCAUGUUGAGCUCUGUGGUGCUAUCAGCUGCUUUGUUACUCAGACACUGUCAGAGGUCCAAGUCUAACUCCGCUGCACGCAUAUGUCCCAAUCAAACUGCUGCUGCAACUCAGCAGAGCAUCAUAUGA